GGCGCCUGGACGUGUCGGCGGCGGCCGCGGAGUGCGAGCGGCCGGAGCCGCGGCAACAACAACAACAACAGCGGCGGCAGCGAGGAGGCGGCGGCGGAGCUGACGGGGGUGGCCGUCCCGGGGCGGCCGGGGCCCCCCCUUCCCCGCGCCGCGGGCCCGUGAGCGCAGCUCCGCCCCGGCCCGGCCCGGCCGCAGCCCGCGGAGGGGAGGGCGGGGGGGCGGAGGCCUGGCCCGCUCCGCCGCACCGGGGCUGGCCGAGGCGAGGGAAGGCUUCCCCCCUCCCUCCCCCCGCCGCCGCCUCUCACCACAGCCGCAGGCCGCGCCCGGAGAGCGGCCGCUCCGCCGCCGCCCGCGGCCCAGGGAUCAAAAUUGCAAGAUGAGAUAACAGCAUCUCUGUCGAAGGGGGACUUCUAAAGGGAGGCUCCUGAAUUAUGCACCAGCAGCGGGUAACAGUGUUCAAAACCCUAAACAAGUGGCCGGGCUUUUGAAAGUGCUGAGCAGUCAGAAGCUCCCGUUGAGCGCAGUGGCAGCUGAGGGGUGACUCAACGUUUCUGAAGAUCGUUUCCACUUCAAUAAGAGUUUGUUUGCUCAUCCUUCGUCUUCUGAAAUGACUUCAGUUGAUUUGUCUUGACCCAGAAGAAGCUGGAUCUGAACAAGUAAAGACAAAGGUGCCAGCUGGGAUUUUUGUGUCUAAGGAUAUGUGCAAUGCUAACUUACAUAAGUGGGGAUUAUAAAUGGGCCAGGUUUUACCAAGAGACAGUACAUCUAACACUUAACUUGGAUCAUCUCUUGUUCAUCAGCUUGAGAAUCAUAACAGCCCCCAAAACUGACAUUUGAUCUGAAAGAAAAAGCUGUGACAAAUGGACAAUAUGUCUAUUACUAACACGCCAACAAGUAAUGACGCUUGUCUGAGCAUUGUUCACAGCUUGAUGUGCCAUCGACAAGGUGGAGAGAGUGAAACUUUUGCAAAACGCGCAAUUGAAAGUUUAGUUAAAAAGCUAAAGGAGAAAAAAGAUGAAUUGGAUUCUUUGAUUACAGCUAUAACCACAAAUGGAGCUCAUCCUAGCAAGUGUGUUACAAUACAGAGAACGCUGGAUGGGAGGCUUCAGGUGGCUGGUCGCAAGGGAUUCCCUCAUGUGAUUUACGCUCGUCUUUGGAGGUGGCCCGAUCUUCAUAAAAAUGAACUCAAGCAUGUUAAAUAUUGUCAGUAUGCUUUUGACUUAAAAUGUGACAGUGUCUGUGUAAAUCCUUACCAUUAUGAGCGUGUAGUAUCACCUGGCAUCGAUCUCUCAGGACUGACACUACAGAGUUCUGGUCCACCAAGCAUGUUGGUGAAAGACGAAUACGUUCAUGACUAUGAGGGGCAGCCGUCACUGUCUUCUGCUGAAGGCCAUUCUGUCCAAACCAUCCAGCAUCCCCCAAGUAACAGGGCAUCCACGGAGCCUUAUAGCACCCCAGCCAUGUUAGCUCCUACUGAGGCUAGCACUACCAGCACCACUAAUUUUCCCAACAUUCCGGUGGCUUCAACAAGUCAACCUACCAGUAUAUUGACAGGUAGCCAUAGUGAUGGACUCUUACAGAUUGCUUCAGGGCCUCAGCCAGGAACUCAGCAGAAUGGGUUUACAGCUCAGCCAGCUACUUACCAUCACAAUAGUACUACAACUUGGACUGGAAGUCGGCCGGCGGCCUACACACCCACCAUACCUCACCACCAGAACGGCCAUCUUCAGCAUCACCCACCUAUGCACCCUGGACAUUACUGGCCAGUUCACAAUGAACUUGCAUUCCAGCCUCCUAUAUCAAAUCAUCCUGCUCCAGAAUAUUGGUGUUCCAUUGCAUAUUUCGAAAUGGAUGUGCAAGUUGGGGAAACAUUUAAGGUCCCUUCAAGCUGCCCCAUUGUCACUGUUGAUGGAUACGUGGAUCCUUCUGGAGGAGACCGUUUCUGCCUGGGCCAGCUUUCCAACGUGCAUAGAACAGAAGCCAUUGAGAGAGCAAGGUUGCACAUAGGUAAAGGGGUGCAGUUGGAGUGCAAAGGAGAAGGUGACGUGUGGGUCAGAUGCCUCAGUGACCACGCAGUCUUUGUUCAGAGUUACUACCUGGAUAGAGAAGCAGGGCGAGCACCUGGGGAUGCUGUCCACAAGAUUUACCCAAGUGCAUACAUAAAGGUGUUUGAUUUACGCCAGUGCCACCGUCAGAUGCAGCAGCAGGCUGCCACUGCCCAAGCUGCUGCUGCUGCACAAGCUGCCGCAGUGGCUGGAAACAUCCCCGGACCAGGAUCAGUAGGUGGAAUAGCCCCAGCCAUUAGUCUGUCAGCUGCUGCUGGGAUUGGUGUAGAUGACCUUCGCCGCUUGUGCAUACUCAGGAUGAGUUUUGUUAAAGGUUGGGGACCUGAUUACCCGAGACAGAGCAUCAAAGAGACACCGUGCUGGAUCGAAAUUCACUUACACCGUGCCCUCCAGCUCCUAGACGAAGUACUCCAUACCAUGCCGAUUGCAGACCCACAGCCUUUAGACUGAGAUCCUUCUGCUGCACCGCUGUGGGCCGUGGUGUUGUGAGGAUGGGGGAUUGUAAAAUACAGUUCUGUUUAUAACCUGAAGAUAUAUUUUACUUCUGUUCUGCUUUAAUCUUCUAAAAAACCAGGUUUUAAAAAUGUGUUUGCCGCCUUGCUCUCAGCAGAAAGAAACCGAACGGUGCAGAAUUGGGGUUGUGGUUGUUUCCUCAGCUUAAUUGCCACAGUACAAUGGCUCAGGGCUUGAAGCGAAAGGUAAAGGCCUUAUAAGAGACCCCCACGGGGUUGGGUUUGUUCCCUGUGAAACUCCCCUCCCCUGUGCUGGUGUCUUGGUGAUAUGAGCCUCACAGGAGCCUUUUGUAUGCAAAAUAUAUGUUAAAUAUAUAUAUUUAUACCUGAAAAAUCCCUUCUAAUAGUUGUGAACAUUUACCUUAGUGCAACUUGAAAGUUCCAGCUGAUUUGUGACGCUCUUUUUGGGGGACAGUAGCAGACAGGAAACCUCUUUAUUUUGUUGGCUACCUUGUGGUGUUUCUUUUCCACGCUGAAAACUGUAGAAGCUGCCAGAAAGGUGAGGGACGAGACAGAAAUGUUCUUGGCAUUGGUUAAAAACAGCAAGGGAGGUAAGAGUGGCUUUUCCUUCACUAGUUUUUAAACAAAACAAAACCAGAAAGAUACCUUAGGUUUUAUGUAUGGAGACAGGUGAGUCUUAAAACACUAAAGGGAACGGGCACGUUCAGUGCCGGCACUUGAGCUGGCUGUGAGGUGAAGCCCCAACUCUGCACAGUUGCCACUGAGACUGUGUUAACGAGCAACCUGAAUGGCAGGAACCUAUUUUCACAGCCACUGCUGACUCCCAUGACUUUACUCCAGGAACAACAAACUUGGCAGGCGUUUUGUAAACGGUUGCACGGCUUCUUCGUUACCCGCGUGUGCCGCCCAACCACGUCCCGGUGUUCAGGCGUCACCGCUUUAGGAUCCGUUCCCUCCUUCCUUUACUUUUGUACUUUGGUUCACCAUUUCCACUCAGGGCAAGAUGGCAAACUUGUUUUUAUACCUCUUGGUUCUUUCAAGCCCCUCUGCCAUCAAGGACCGUAUCAAUUGGCAAUGACUUUGUAUAGAGAAUUUAUAGUAGGAGAAGAGAAAUGCCGAUGUAUUGACUGUAUGACAGAUGCGAUAUGUAUGCUUCCUCCCUAGCUAAUAGCCUCAAUAAAAUCAUCAAAACCCUCAUUUUUUUUUUUAAAUGUUUUUUAAAUAAAUAUAGUUUGCUUCUCUUACCUGGUUCUGCACCUUGGAAACCACGAGUGAUGGAUUUACUUCCCUUUGCAAGACCAGCAGCAGCAGCCAACAGUGGUAGGCGCCUUUGUUGGUUGGACUUGCUGGGGAGCAAGCCCCAGUGCUCAACAAAAGCCUGUCCUGAGGGUCCUUCGUGGGGUGUGAAGAGGGAGGAGGAAUUCCUGGAUUUCCAGCACAUCUGCAGGGGGUCAGAGCUCAGCUCAGCAGGUGCAGGAGUGCAAAGGCUCCAAUGUCAGCCUCUCCAGCACCAGCCCUUGUGGCGGGUAACAGAGGCACAAGCCUUGGGGGAGAUAGCUGGAAGCGUGUGGUUCGUGACACGCAGAGUUUGGGUGUUGCAGAGCACCACAGUUCCUGAGUGGCUGUCUCUGUUGUGGAAGCUCAGAAGACAGAUGAGGUGGGAAAUGGACGGGUCCUCUCCAGGUGUCCAUUAACAGUGUUGCUUUCUGCAGAUGGAACUCCUGGUGUGAUCCCUUGUUUUUCCCUCCUACGUGGCAACAUCUUGAUGGUUGGAAAAACAGCACUUGCUUCUUCUCCAGGCUUGGUGCUUAAAACCUCUUUCAUUUUCCUUUCUCUCCUAGUGAUCUGUUUUGUCUCAAACACAAGCUGCUUCAGGUUCUUGAGGUCCUCAGAGAAGCAGCUCAGUUGCACUUCAUCCGCAGCAGGGAACUUGAGUUGGGGGAAGAAAUGAGAAGCCUGACCACACGUUCUUCUUGCCAGCCUCGCACUUGAGUUGACUGCCCUGCUCUUGCUCUGGGUUCAAGGUGCCUCAGUGUUUGGGAAGUGUUGGGCCUUCCAGCCCAUGAGUUGCUCGCGACUGAGUGCUCGUUUGGUGAGGACUCUGUGAGCUCUCCCACAGUUUCACAUGCUGGCUUAGCAAGGUGCUUCCCUCGGUGGGUGACUGAUCUCUCUGUGGCUCCUUCACAGGAAACCCUUCGUACCAGUGGCUUAAGGUUUGAUCUUUGAUGAAAUAAGCAAAGGCUGCUCCUGCCUGGUGGUGUUUUCACCUGUGCUACAGUCAGAAAGAGCCCUUUAACACCAUUUCAUUCUGCAGAUGUGUUUUGAGUCUCCACCCACAGCAGGUGGUACCCACAGUGUAGUGUUUAGAUGGCCAAAAACGUUCAGGACAACAAGACAAUGUCAAGUGAGCUUAUUAGAACCACGAAACAACAGGCUGUGCAUUGGGAGAGAUCUGGACAGUGAAAUCAGAAGUCCCGAGCUGGGAUUUAUCUCUCCAGCUGGGAAUGGGCGAGAGGAGAGACUUUCCUCCUUAGUUUUCCACUUAAUCUUUGUGCUUUCAUUUCUUGUGACUAGGCAUAAGAGGCAGAAUGGACUGAAAACCCAUCAGGCAGCAGCAGCACGCUGAAGCUUUCCCAGUGUGGCGUUUGUGUCUGAGAUUCAGAGAGGAGCCUCAGCCCCUUCCCGGCACCGUGCCUCCUGCUCUCCCCAUGCCUCGGGUGCUGAAUCCAACAUGCGCUCUCUCGCUUGGCCAUCUGUGCUCCCACGUCUGCUCUGCUUCGCUUCUUUGGGUGAAGUUGUUCCCUUUGGUGUUUUUCUCCCCCCUUGGUGAUGUCCUGGUCAGGGAGAGCACCGUUGCCUUCAAGCAGAGCUGGGAGCAGCACCACACGGUCCGUCUGGCUUUAGCCCCGUGGUCGUUGGGUUUGGAAGAGACGGUGUUUAAAGCUGACAGGGUAGAGAUGGAGGAGAGGGAACCUCUGUGCUGGAAUGGUUUAAAACCCCUGAAUGCCAUCCCCAAUUCCCUGGAAGGAGUAGUAAGGAGUGGUGGUUGUUUCAUGUCACACUUCCGGGCUUGGUGAGAAUCCCGUGUGUGGGGAGCAGCCCUGGCUGUGCUAUAACCCCCUUUGCUAAGGGCUGCAGCCCCAGGAAGGGAUCUGGCUGCCUUCUAGAGAGCAACUUCAAAGCAUGAAGGAGACAGGGGUCUUCCCCCAGUCACCAAACGGGUCUGUAGCAGCAGUAGUCGUUGUACCUGUGUCCAAGUCCUGUGCCUUACCUUUAAGACCAUCUUUUCUUCUUGGGACACUUGUAGAGACGACAGUGUCCUCCCUGCAUAGCUCCGGAUCAGCUGCCUCCCUUCUUUUCCUGCCAGCUGUGGCAAAGAUCCCUGUGCUGGUGUAUGGGGGACUGGGCUUCUGCCUCUGGACCCUUCAAAUGUUGGUUAUGCCUUUGAUGGUGGUCUUUGGUGGAGGCAUCUUUGAUCUCUUCUUGGGAGAGUCAUGAGCACUGUAGAAAGAGCUGUGUGCUGGGUUUGCAUCGUGACUGUGCUGUGCAGGGUGCCUGGGGGCACUGGCCACCCCACAGCCAGCACCUUUGAAGUCAGACAGAUGGGGCUGCCUCAAAGUAAGACUCAGAAAUCCCCUUUCCUCCCAGCCUUCUCCUGCAAGGCCUCGUGCUGCUUAACAUCUUGGUUCAAGCAGAAGGUGGUCCAGUCAGGUGACGUGAAGAAUGCACUAUUUGAGGGAUUACUUCCUCUUUUAAAGAUGAGUCCUGCCAGGAACAGGAGUGUUUCUGUGUCUGUAACGUGAUUUUGAGGACCAUGGUGCUACUCUGGGGACUGAGAUUUGCCAGUUGAUGUUACUCAUGAGCACUAAGCUGCUCCUUUCCACCCCUGACGUGACUCAUGGGCACUUCAGCCCUGGACAGGGAAAUGAAACUGAGGCAAAGAGCUUCACCACUGGCGUAGGAGCUGGAUGCUCAGCAUCUCCUUCCCUCCUGUCAUCCAGCUGCAAAGGGCUCUUGUCCAGUGCUUGUGUCUGAGGAUGAUGUGAGAGGUGCUGCCACGCCGAGGUCCCCGAGGCCUCACCCAGCUGCCCAAAUGUCCCUUGGUGACACCCCCUGGGAACCACCACUGGCAAAAGUCUCCAGAGGGUUUGGCCCUGUUGGCUGCUGUUGUGCCUUGUGAGUGAGAACAUCGCUCCUAAAUUCACAGGACCUUUAAUUUCAAGCUCACCAGAGACCACCCAGCGCUUCCUUGCUCCGGUUCCUCUUUUAAUGUGUCUGGUUUUUCUUCUGGUGAGCUUUGAUAAUGCCACCAAGUUGUGAUUCAGCUGGAUUUGGGAGCUGUAACCCAAGCCUCCCUGUCAGAGGGCUGGUUGGAGCACGAAAGCCUCGUUUCUUCUGUUAGCCAUUGCCUUUUGAUAAGCGGUCAGCAGGAUUCCCAGUAGUUCCUGUGUAGCUUCCUGUAUGUUUUUCACUAGACCUAGUUUGUGGAUAAUACACUGUAGUUAACUUUCCUGAAAUUCUGUAACAGAGUAUGUUUUUGAUUAAAAAAGGUAAAGAUUCAA